AUGCUGAUGCUGCGCACGAUUGCUUCCGUCGGUGUCGCCUGGCUGGUCACUAUGACCUCUGCACAGCUCGUGGACUUAGGCCCCCCUGUACUCCCGGAUGUGUUGUCUGCGUUGCUGGAUGCAUACAAGCCGCUGCUGUCGGGCUUUGCCCAAGCCAAUCUCCCCGCGACGAUUGGCAACUGUAAGGAAGCAAACGCGCCGGCGAACUGCACGGAUAUUGGCAACUUGUACGACGUUAAGAAUACGUUUUACCGCGUGAAGGUGCGGUGGAUCUCUGGCAUCAACACGAUGUGGCUGGACGACAUUGCGGUAAAGUUUGACGACAAGGAUGGCUCCAUGGCACUCACUGUGAAAGUGUAUUUUGCAAAACUUCCAGCGAGUUUUCUUGUGGAAGCAUGCGCAGGAGUCUUGGGUUGCUCUACCUUCCUUGACACGACCAAGAGUUGCUGUGGCACUUCCAAGACCGUCACAAUGACGGCAACUGCCAAGUGCAGCGAACGGCCUCCAUUCCUGCAUUCGUUUGUCGUCGGCAACGCCACCAUUUCACCGGGCAUCGCGUUCACUAUCGACGUCUUUGGCCACACGUUCAAAGUGGCAGACAUUACGUCCUACAUCAUCCAAGGCGUCAAGGAUUCGGCGGGGAAGUUCCUAGCUACACAGGGCUUGACCCUCGUGAAUUCGCAACUUCAAUCAAUCUUUGGUGACAAAGUGUAUUGCUCCCGCUCGUCUCGCGAUGCCGACAAGCCCCCAUUGAGUCCAGUGACGAUGCCGCCUACCAUGACGCCAGACGCCCCAGCUACCACUGGUCCACCGAACGCGUUGCAGACAUUGAAACCCGGGACCCCCACCACCAAAGCCCAAGCCCCACGCGGCCUAGAUCGUCGUCGGCCAUCGCAAUAG